GCGGCUCCCUGUGCAGUGUUGUGCAUGUCGAGCAUAUUAUGGCCACAUGGGGUCGCUUUUCAGAAAAACGUUCAAAGAAUUGAAAAGGAGUUCUGGGUAACUGUGUGUGUAUGUGUCAUGUUUCUCUCUGUGUGUGUGUGUGUGUGUCCCUGUGUGUUAUCUGAUCCACAGUGAGAAGCUGAACCUGCUCCGCUCCUCUUCAGGCACAACAGAGAUGCGUGGCUUGUGUACGACUCAGAGUCAGAACUGCUACCGGGAGCAGAUUCAGAAGGAGAUGAUGACUCGUCUGUCCUGGACGAGCCGCUACGCCCCCAGCUCCCCGUCCUGCUGCAGAGUCAACAACCAGCCGAGCACCGAGGCCCCACAGCGGCCUGCAGCGUCGGCCCGGCCCCGGGCUGCCCUGCCUCCUGUUCCAAGCGCACCCAAGAAGAAGCAGAGUGACCUUCCUCCUCCUCCUCCUCCUCUUCUUCCUCCUCCUGAUGAUGGUCGGCUCAGUGUGGCUCCUGCCAUGAGGCCGGUUUCUCCACGGAGCUCAAAGGCUCUUUAUCAGGACUCCUCUCACAACGGGAAAGGUCGGCGCCUGUACCUGCAGAGACGAGGCCGGAUCCCACCUGAGGAGAAGUUUGAGUUCCCUCUGCUCUCGUCCUGGGAGUACGGAUGGAGGCUGGGUGACUUCACGCUGGACUACAGGACCCCCUGCAGAGCCAGGUCCUCGGUGGUGAGGAACACCUUCUUCUCCAGGAACGGUGUGUUCAGCAGCUCGUCAGCCACCGACACGCUGAGCUCAGCCUCCGCCACUAGAGGUCGCUGCUGAGUUCCAGUUCACAGCAGCUAACGGGAUUUCU